AUGCGUCUGUUACUCGUAAGUAUUGCCGGGCUCUGCCUGUGUUUCGCAAAUUCGGGUAUCGCUAGGAUUAUCCAAGAUGAAGAUAAAGCGUUAGUGAUCGCAGAUUUGGACGUUGCGGAAUCAAAACACGGGCAUCACCAUGAAGAAGGUGGCGGACACGAACAUCACGCUCAUCACCACGAGAGUCACGGAGAAAAGGGAGAUAAAGGUUAUAAAAGUGAUCACCACCACGAUAAAGGAGAACACGGAAAACAUGGCAAACAUCACUCGGCCGGACACCACGAAGAAAAAGGGGGUCACCACAAACACCAUCACGAUGAAGGAGGCCACCAUGGUGAACAUCAUGCCUCUGGUAAAAGUCACAAAGGCGGAAAGUUCGGUGAGAAGAAGGGUCACAAGAAGGGACAAAAGACCACAGGGUACCAUCAUAAGUCACACAAGGACGAUUAUCACAAGGAACACAAAUUUUACGACGACUACCAUAAAGGUGGUCAUCACGAAAAACAUGGAGAUUUCCACGGCCAUCACGGAGGAAAAUCCGGCCACCACAAGAAGGGCGGCUCGCACAAAAGUGGUCAUCACGACGACCACCACGGCAAGAAAGGUCAUUCCGACAAAGGUCAUUACGACGAAGACCAUAAAGGCCAUAAAGGGCAUGGAGGGCACGAAAGUCAUCACUCUCAUCAUUCCGACUAUGGAAAGAAAGGCGCUCACAAGGGUGGAAAGGAGUACGGAUUCGCUAGCGGUCACGGAGGCGGCGGUGGUGGAGGUGGUGGUGGUGGCAAAAAGCAUUAA